UAUGAAGUCAAAAUUGCAGUUUGCCUUGUUGUCAGCAAGUCAAGAAAUCAUCCCACGUUUUUUUGUCAAUUCUGUUUAAACCCUAGAAAACCACGCCCCCUCUUUAUCAAUAAUUCCGUUUCCCAUGCAUAUAAAUGCUUCCACUUAUUCUUCUCCCAAAUCAGCAAAAUCAUUUUCAGUUUUUAAUCAUUUCUUCAAAAUGAGGAAAACCCAUUUUAUUUCUCUACUUCUUAUUACAGCGGUAUGCCUUCUUCUAGUUCUUCCACAUUUUCAUGGAGGAUUAGCCAUUGCUGCAGGCACCAAAGAUGGAUCAGAAAAGUGGGGUUAUGUUCAAGUCAGACCCAGAGCCCACAUGUUUUGGUGGUACUACAAAAGUCCUUAUAGAACUCAUCAUCCAAACAAGCCAUGGCCAAUUGUUCUUUGGUUACAAGGUGGACCUGGUUCUUCUGGAGUUGGAAUUGGAAACUUUCAAGAGAUAGGGCCAUUGGACGCUUUCUUGAAACAUAGAAACUCCACAUGGCUCAGAAAGGCAGAUCUUUUAUUUGUGGAUAAUCCAGUUGGGAGUGGAUACAGUUUCGUGGAGGAUAAAGAGUUAUUUGUGAAAAACGAUGAAGAAGCUGGGCGUGAUUUAACUACAUUGUUGAUUAAACUUUUUAAUAAAAAUAAGAGCCUACAAAAAAGCCCUCUUUAUAUUGUAGCAGAGUCUUAUGGAGGAAAAUAUGCAGUCACUCUUGGAUUAUCGGCUCUCAAAGCCAUUAAAGCUGGGAGGUUAAAGCUCAUUCUUGGAGGAAUUGCAUUGGGAGAUACUUGGAUUUCACCAGUAGAUUUUGUGGUUUCAUGGGCUCCUCUUCUCAGAGAUGUUUCAAGGAUCAACAACAGCGGCUUCAAGAAAUCGAAGAGUCUAGUUGAAACAAUAAAGAAGCAAAUAGCAAAUGGGCAAUUGAAAGAAGCAACUAAAACAUGGAGUGAUCUUGAAAAUGUGAUCAUGUCCAGCAGUAACGAUGUUGAUUUCUACAACUUCUUGUUGGAUUCUGUGGAGAACAACGUGUCAACGACAGCAACAGCCGGAUCAUCAAGAAAAAUGGCGACCAAUAAAUACACAAGAUAUCUUGAUUCUUUGAGGGUUUCCGCAGGUGGAGAUGGUGAUCUUGACACUUUAAUGAAUGGUGUCAUUAAAAAGAAAUUAAAAAUCAUCCCGAAAGAUGUGAAAUGGGGAGGGCAGGCAGAUCCUGUUUUUGAGUAUUAUGAAGGUGAUUUCAUGAGACCGAGGAUUAAAGAGGUGGAUGAACUUUUGAAAGCAGGAGUCAACAUUACUGUAUAUAGUGGUCAACUUGAUCUCAUAUGUUCAAACAAGGGAACUGAAGCAUGGGUUGAGAAGCUCAAGUGGGACGGGUUAAAGAAAUUUUUGAGCCUGGAUAGAACUCCAUUGUAUUGUGGAGGUGACAAAAUUACUAAAGGAUUCACCAAGUCUUACAAGAAUUUAUACUUCUAUUGGAUUCUUAAAGCUGGCCAUUUUGUGCCUUUAGAUCAGCCAUGUGUCGCAUUGGACAUGGUGGGUAGAAUCACUCAGUCUCCUGCAACAACCUAAUAAAUAACGAAAGAUCUUAGGAGGAAACAAAGAAUGAAAUUGAAUAAUAG